GGACGGAGACCCCCUGCACCUCCCCCACCCCGGCCUCCCUUCUCUUGGAACAAGACAAACGGGUUUAUGUAUUCGCGGCUGGUGCCGCGCCGGCCUGUCCGUCUUCAGUCGGUGAUGCCGACGGUCGUCUCUCUGCACUCCGCCGAGGCACAGACCUAAUAUGUCAAGGCCUACAAGUGUAUCCCCACGACCUGGGAGUGCCCAGUCAAGCCAAGCUGCAUCUAAAGCCAAAGGAUUUAAGGAUAUCCGGAUUGAUGAAGAAGUUAAAAUUGCAGUGAACAUUGCCCUAGAGAGGUUCCGUUACAGUGAUCAAAAAGAAAUGGAAUUUCCAUCUUCCUUGACAAGUACAGAAAGAGCAUUUAUCCAUCGCCUUGCCCAGUCUCUUGGCCUGAUCUCUAAAAGCAAAGGUAAAGGGGCACACAGGUUUCUUACAAUAAAGAAGAAAGAUGGCUCCGAGAUGGCUCAGGCUGUCAUGACCUGCACACUAACUCACAGUAUGAAGCAUGCCAUACGCAAUCUAAUUCAGAGGUUUCCUGUGACUAAUAAAGAGCGCACAGAUCUUUUACCCAAAACUGAACGAGGGAAUGCAUUAACUGUUGAAGCAGAAAACAACCGAGAGAUGAAUAAGACCAGUGGUAGACUCAACAAUGGCAUUCCUCAAGUUCCACCAAAGCGUGGAGAUUCUGAGUUAGAUGCCUUUCGACAGUCCCUGCCUGUUUUUGAAAAGCGAGAUGAAAUAGUGAAAAUCAUAAAAGAGAACAGAGUGAUUUUAAUAGUUGGAGAAACAGGAUCUGGAAAAACUACACAGAUCCCCCAGUUCCUUCUGGAUGACUGUUACAAGAAUGGAAUACCCUGCCGUAUAUUCUGUACUCAGCCCAGGCGACUUGCGGCUAUUGCUGUGGCAGAAAGGGUUGCUGCAGAGAGGGGUGAAAAGAUUGGGCAGACUAUUGGUUAUCAGAUUCGACUGGAGAGCAGGGUUUCACCAAAAACAUUGCUGACAUUUUGUACAAAUGGAGUACUUCUUCGAACACUAAUGGCAGGAGAUGGCACCUUAGCAGCUGUCACACAUGUGAUAGUGGAUGAAGUGCAUGAGCGAGAUCGGUUUAGUGAUUUCUUACUAACUAAACUGAGGGAUCUGAUGCAAAAACAUCCAUCUCUAAGACUUAUACUUUCUAGUGCAGCUCUGGAUGUUAAUCUCUUCAUCAGAUACUUUACUGGCUGUCCUGUAAUUUACAUUCAAGGGCGACCAUUUGAAGUAAAAGAACUUUUCUUAGAAGACAUCUUGCGUACGACUGGGUAUACAAACAAAGAAAUGUUGAAAUAUAAAAAGGAGAAACAGCGAGAGGAAAAACAACAAACAAACUUAAGUGAAUGGUAUAAAGCAAAGGAGACAAGUAAUGCCAGCAGAUCGGAGUAUCAAAGACAAAGAUUUAUCCCAAGCCUGACAGCAGAAAAUGAUUUGCUCGAUGAUGGUGGAGACAGUGUAUUCAGUCAAUUGAAUGAAAAAGAUUUUAAUUCUCUUGAGCCUUGGCUUAUAAAGGAAAUGGAUGCCUGCCUCUCAGAUAUUUGGCUGCACAAAGAUGUUGAUGCUUUUGCCCAACUCUUUCAUCUUAUUUUAAGUGAAAAUGUCAGUGUUGACUACAGGCAUAGUGAAACCAGUGCUACUCCAUUAAUGAUAGCUGCAGGCCGGGGCUUUCUCAGUCAAGUGGAACAGCUACUCAGCAUGGGAGCAAAUGUCAGUGUUAAGGCUUCUAAUGGCUGGAUAGCUUUGGACUGGGCUAAACGAUUUGGUCAAACUGACAUUGUAGAUCUUCUAGAAUCUUUCAAUUCUUCAAUGGAAUUAGGAAAUUUGGAUGAAUGUGUCCUGGUGCAAUCAAACGGUGGAGAGCUAAGUCAAGAAGAUAAAGAAAUUUUAAGCGUCUACCACCACAGCUUUGACGAUGAAAAAGUUGACCUGGAUCUAAUUAUGCAUCUUCUUUAUAACAUCUUUCAGAGUUCUGAUGAGGGUGCUGUUUUAAUUUUUUUACCAGGAUAUGAUGAAAUUGUAGGGCUCAGAGAUCGCAUACUCUAUGAUGACAAAAGAUUUGCAGAUAAUUCUCACAAGUUACAAGUUUUUAUGCUUCAUUCAAACAUGCAGACAUCUGACCAAAAGAAAGUGUUAAAAAACCUACCUGGUGGAAUUCGUAAAAUUAUUCUUUCCACAAAUAUUGCAGAGACAAGUAUCACUGUCAAUGAUGUGGUAUUUGUCAUUGAUUCUGGGAAAGUGAAAGAGAAAUCGUUUGAUGCGCUGAAUUCUGUCACAAUGUUAAAAAUGGUAUGGAUUUCUAAAGCGAGUGCUGUCCAGAGGAAGGGAAGGGCAGGUCGCUGCCGACCAGGAAUUUGUUUUCACCUGUUUAGUAGGUUACGAUUCCAAAACCUGUUAGAAUUCCAGACUCCAGAGUUGCUACGGAUGCCACUGCAGGAACUUUGCCUACAUACCAAACUGCUCGCUCCAAUCAAUUGUCCAAUUGCAGACUUCCUUGCAAAAGCACCAGAGCCUCCCCCUUCACUUAUUGUUAGAAAUGCUGUUCAGAUGCUCAAGACUAUAGAUGCCAUGGACAGCUGGGAAGAUCUAACAGAACUCGGUUACCACUUAGCAGAUCUUCCUGUGGAGCCUCAUCUGGGCAAGAUGGUUCUUUGUGCUGUAGUUUUGAAGUGCCUUGACCCUAUUCUCACUAUUGCCUGCACGCUGGCCUAUCGAGAUCCAUUUGUUCUACCAGCACAACCUUCACAAAAGCGUGCUUCCAUGUUGUGUAGAAAGCGCUUUGCUGCAGGAACAUUCAGUGAUCACAUGGCUCUUUUAAGAGCUUUCCAGGCUUGGCAAAAGGCUCGCAGUGAUGGUUGGGAGAGAGCAUUCUGUGAAAAAAAUUUUCUUUCUCAAGCUACAAUGGAAAUCAUUAUCGGCAUGAGGACGCAAUUGUUGGGACAGCUCAGAGCUUCAGGUUUUGUGAGGGCACGAGGUGGAGGUGAUAUUCGAGAUGUGAACACAAACUCUGAGAAUUGGGCUGUGGUGAAAGCUGCAUUAGUUGCAGGCAUGUAUCCAAAUCUUAUCCACGUUGACCGAGAGAAUUUAAUGUUGACUGGGUCUAAAGAAAAGAAAGUCAGAUUUCACCCUACCUCAGUUCUCAGCCAACCACAGUAUAAGAAGAUACCCCCAGCAAAUGGACAAGUUGUGGCUGUUCAAGCAUUGCCCACUGACUGGCUUAUUUAUGAUGAAAUGACAAGAGCACACCGAAUUGCUAAUAUAUGCUGCUGUUCUGCCGUAACCCCCAUCUCCGUGGCCUUAUUUGGUGGUCCAGCUAGACUAUCAAGCAGUGCAUUACAGGAGCCCUCUUCUCCUCGAGGUAACACAUACAUAGACGGUGUCACCAAUGACAGCAGCGAUAGUGAAAUGGAGGACAAAUCCACUUCUAAGAUGGCAACUUUGAAGCUAGAAGAAUGGCUGAAUUUUAGAAUUGACCCUGAAGCAGCUAGUCUUAUCUUACAGUUGCGACAGAAAUGGCAUAGUCUGUUCCUGAGACGUAUGCGCGCUCCAUCAAAACCUUGGACUCAGGUAGAUGAAGCAACCAUCAGAGCAAUCAUUGGAGUCCUUAGCAGUGAGGAGCAAGCAGCAGGGCUACAACAACCUUCUGGAAUUGGACAAAGACCGAGGCCUAUGUCUUCGGAAGAGCUUCCAGUCUCCUCAUCUUGGAGGUCGAACAGUAGGAAGAGCUCGGCAGAAACAGAGUUUUCAGAUGAUUCUUCCAGUACGGAAUAUAGGGAAAGGGUUCAGUUAAAGUCGCAGCAGCAGCAGCAGCAGCAAAGGUACAAGGAGAGGGGCUUCCUCCAUCCUAAGAGGAGUUCUGAUGACCGGUCAGAUCAGUCAUCUGUAAAAUCGACAGACAGCAGCAACUAUCCCAGCCCCUGUGCCAGCCCAUCUCCACCACCUUCAGGCAAAGGCUCUAAAUCUCCGUCACCGAGGCCAAAUGUACCAGUUCGCUUUUUCAUUUUGAAGAGCAGCAACCUUCGUAAUCUUGAGAUUUCGCAACAAAAGGGAAUCUGGUCCACUACACCCAGCAAUGAACGAAAACUAAAUCGUGCAUUUUGGGAAAGCAGCAUUGUGUAUCUAGUAUUUUCUGUGCAAGGAUCAGGGCACUUCCAGGGCUUUGCCAGAAUGAUCUCCGAGAUAGGGCGGGAGAGAAGCCAGGAGUGGGGUUCUGCUGGGCUAGGAGGAGUCUUCCGAGUGGAAUGGAUUAGAAAGGAAAGCCUUCCUUUCCAAUAUGCCCACCAUCUGUUAAACCCAUGGAAUGAUAAUAAGAAAGUGCAGAUAAGUAGAGAUGGACAGGAGCUGGAGCCACAGGUUGGAGAACAGUUGCUGCAGCUUUGGGAGCGAAUUCCAGUAGGAGGGAAGCUACCACAGACUGAUAGCAGACUUGGCAUAUUUGGGGAGGUACUCCCAGGUCAAUUGUGGUGGAGCAUAACAUGUCCAGACACUGAGGAACAGCAAUCAGCAAAGAAAAUAUAAAGCUAAGCUGUAUAAAAUGGCAGUAUACAAAUUAGUGAAAGUUGUGCUCUAUGUACAAUGCCCUGGUCAGACCACACCUUGAUUUCUGAUCACUGACACACAAAGGACACGUUCCAAUAAGGUAGUCCUCUGACACUAGUGAUCUCUCCUGUGGCUCUUCUGUGAACUAAGUUGUGAAGAAAAAUUUGAAGAAAUUUGGGCUUCUAAGCUAUUCAGUUAAGCAACAGAGAAGGAGUUUGAUAGAGUCCUAGAGUUCAAGCCUGGAAACUGCAUUUUCAGACUACUUUUAUCUUGCAAAAGUGAAAGAUGCACAGGAGUGCAAAACCAGCUUACUCUCAUAGAACUUUGUAAACCUAGUGAACUCAUUAGGACCAAGUUAUGCUUAAAAACUGACGAAGGAUUGAUUCUUGAUAUGAAAGGGAGAUGGAAAGGGAAUGUGUUUAAUGUUUGUGAACUUGUCCGAUAAGAAAAGCAGUUAUGUCUUGUUCAACUCUGUUAUGUUGCUGUUUCUGAAUUGUGAAGAAAUAGUUUCCACAGCAUUAAAUUUAAGAGUAUAUAAAAGAGAUUGUUUAUUUUUCAUUGGACUGCCUUAAGCUUACAUUUGUAAGUAAUCUUCCCUCUACCAGAAGUAUUUUGUUAGAGGGUUUAAAGAUUAGACGUAAGAUUCUUUGCAGUUCUACUGGUUUUCUUUUCAAUGUGGGGAUCAAGCUUAUUUUAAUUUUACAUUUGACCUCAUAUUUAAAAUGCAACUCAAUGUAUUUGGGGAAAAAAAUCAAACAUAUCUAUACUAUAGUAAUCAAAUUGAAUAUUUUGACAAGUUUGAAUUUUCUGUUAUGUUGCCUUUACAUUAUUGCAACUUACCUUCACCUUCCCAAUUGAGGGUUCACCUUAUUGUGACUAGAUUUUCCAGUAAAAAUUGUACCAAGUAGAAAGUAUUGUUUAAUUAGAUAAAUAUUGUUUAAUCUGAUUGUAAUACAUUCACAGUUCAUAGCUGUUUGGGAAGAUUCUGUCUGUGAAUAAAAUAUUUAAAGUUAUAUUACAAACAGAAAAUACUUUCAAACAAUUGUGCCAAGAUGGUACAUCACUUGUUUUACUGGUUUACUAUGACCCAAGGAGCCAACAAUAAGUGGAUGAGAAUUUUUAGUUAUCAGUUCAAAAGUAUAAGAGCAUUAUUGGUUCAAAUGGUGGCCAAACUGAAACUUGUAUAGCUGUUAAAUAGAUUGAGUUUAAUCUUUGAAAAUUUAAGCUUUGCACAGAAAGAAACUUGCUCUUCAGUCUCAAAAGCUUUGAUAAACUUGCGAGAAACUGUAAAAACGGCAGUAGUGUUGAUCCAUUAUGUUGUCUGAAGUUUAUUGUUGGUUAUAAUGCAAUUUAGUUUAAUGGUUUUUAGCCUCAUUUUAAACCUUUAAGUUUGCAUCUACAUCUGGUAGACUGUGAACUACUCAGCACUUUGAGGCAUAUAGUCAAAAUUCAAAUAUAAACUACUGUAGUAACCUAUUUAUUAUGUUGCACACAAUGCAAUGUAUUUUUUGGUGGGAAAUGAAUUAGAUGGCUUUUCGCAUAUCAAUGUUAAUAGAAACAUCUUUCAUUGCUUUGUGGCAAAUCCCUGCAAGUCAAAUCUUUUCACUAAAAUAUUUCUUAUAAUGGGUUAAUUGCAUGAUCUCACCUAAAAUUUCAUCAUAAUCAAUAGAUGUACUCAAGCCGUAGCCAAGCCCUCGUGAAGAACCAAAGUCAACAUGAGUUUAAUUGUAGACAAACAACCAUUCUAAGAAUGAGCUGCUUUGAUUUGAUGUACCUCAUUUGUAUAAUCAUAAUUGUGGAUAAGAAUUAUACUUUUGACUCUUGAUACUAGAACUUGAGUCUAAGCAACAAAGAAGGCAGCCUGGUGAUGCUUUGGGUUGAUUUACUAACCCUAGAGUUCGAUUCACCAAUAGUGGCUUCACCAUUGACUUGUAGAAUAUAACUUUGCAUCAAGAAAUGCAGCAACAAGUUCUCAACUUCAUUAGUUGUUGCUGAAUGGAGGUACAUGCCACACAGGGAAGGAGCAAAUAUCUACUCUCAGCUCAUAGUUACUCUCAUAGCUGUAAUCGUGGCUGGGUGGUUAAGUCGAUGGAUCCAAAAUCCACCGAGGUCUCCAUACGCAGGUUCGACUCCUGCCGACUGCGCUGCUCCACUGCUCCUUCCUUGGGGACUGUUAACUCAGAUGGCUAGAUGGCUGGUUUGUGAUGCAAAGUGACGCCAACAGCACAGAUUUAAUUCUCAUACCAGUUGAGGUCAUCCGUGAAUGCCCCGCCUUCUCAACCUCACCCCUGGCCUGAGGUAUGGUGACCCUCGGGUUAAACUCACUGUCUGUAAUGAUAGAGCAGCCUCUGGUUCUCUGGGACUAUGGCAACUUUCAUUUUUCAUAGCUAGCACACCUAAUUAUUUUGUUUGGCGUUGACAAACUUUAAAAGCCGUUCAUCAGUCUGACAUUGCAGAAUUAAACAAUAUGGUUUAUACAAACAGAAAAUUCAUCUCUUUUGUGAUGGCUAUUAAAGAUCAUGAAGCCAAAUGAGAUUGGGCAGUCUUAAUCCAAUGAAUUGAAGACAGAUGCAUCAUCAGCACUGUUCAUUUACAGGUGGAAUGGGGAAUAGAAAUGUCAAUUGCAGUAGAAAACGCACUUAAACUCAGGCAUGCUUCAUCGUUGAUAUUAGGAUUGCAUUUAAUCAGAGUACUUGACGCUCUCACUUUGUUCAGAGGAACAUUCUAUUGGUAUGUGUGAAAAUUGCAAAGUAAUUUCUGUAAAAAUGCUGUGAUUCUUGAUCCACCUGUUUGCAAUGUUGUUCUUGUCUACCAAAUGACAAUUUUUAAAAAAUUCUAAAACAAAGUUCCCACCAGUAGUUGACCUUACAGAGUGUAUGUAACAUUAUAAAUGAUUUAUGCCCAAAGAUAUAGCUGCACAGCAUGCCUUCUAACUUCAGCUAAUUGACAUUUACAAUGGGGGUAGUAAAAGAAAACGGAUGUUGUUUCCAGUACAAAAUGUACCUUUGCAGUGUGCAGUUAAGUUUUUAUUUUUGAAGUUUGACGAUGAUUUUUUUUAAAUGAAGGAGUAUAAUUCAAAGAAUAAACUAAUUUGUUCAUA